AUGAGUAAAGCUAAGAAUUCAAAAUAUCCUCCUCCUGGAAUAUGGUAUUGGGUAUGGGCUGUGUGGGGCUUCUUUAAGACAAUCUAUAUCUGCAUCUAUUGGCAUGCUUUUUAUCCUAAAGUUGCGGCUAUUAACCGUGUCAAACUGUUGGAAAAGUACAAGCAAGAAACGAAACUUGUCAACACCACCACAUGGGAUUUUAUCAAAUUUUUAUUCUUUGAUAUCGAUAACUUAGUCGGUACUUCCUUUGAGCCUUUCAAUCCAGGAAGAAUAAAAGUCGGUCAAGUAGCCCCGGCAGCAAAGAAAUAUGGUGAUCGGGCGAAUUUUUUAACUGUAUACAUUGCCGAAGCCCACCCAUCGGACGGUUGGGCGUUAGACUUGUCUAACGAUUCUAUAGGCGUAUGUUAUCGUGCACCCAGAAAAGUCGAAGACAGGAUAUACAUUGCCAAGGAGUUUAUUAAAAAUUAUAACUAUCCUGUGCCUUUAUAUGUCGACAGCAUCACAGAUGAUACUUUGAAGACCUACUCAUCCAUGCCAGAAAGGUUAUACAUAAUUAAGGAUGGCAAAGUAGCCUAUAAGGGGGGUCCAGGUCCAUACUGCUACAGCUUAGAAGAAAUGGAAGAGCACCUUCUAAAAUUGUUUUAA